AUGGCGUCCCCUGCCACAGGCACCACCGCGCCCAGCCGCACCGCACCAUGGGCUGCCUCCGCCGUCUCAAGUCCACUCCCGCAUCCGCUGCAUCCACCGCCCUCCGCGCCACCCCCAAGCGUCUCAGCACACCCAAGAAUGCACUCGUCCACCCAGACUCCGUCGCCUGCAUCGCACACUCCCCGCCGCCCGGGCAUUCGACGACGAUCUGCGGGCGUUAUCGCUCAACGCGCUCACCGGGACCGUGCACUAGCGCGCGGCCUUGCCAUCCUCCAAAGUCUCAUGCUGAUCUCCACUGAGCUCGAUCCGGACGUCCUCGACGACGACACACCGCCGCUAUGCGUCAUUCACUGCCUCGCGACGAGUCUACCUCCGACGCAGGUGGUCCCUGCGCUACCUUCACGUCGCCCGAUGCAAACCACCGUCGCGCCGCUGGGCGUCAGCACCGCUUUGCGCCCAGAAGGACACCCGCCCGGCCCACGCCCGCGCCGAGUCGACGAGCUCCUCGUCGAUGCGCCCGCCCUAGGGUCAUCGCCCCGCUCCAGUGCCUCGCCCGCCGCCUGCCCCGCCCCGACGCCAAGCAGCGCUUCCAGGACGCGCAGCACGCCAUCCACCGCUGCUGGCGCUGCCGUCGCCCCGGUCGCCGCCGUCCCGCGCACGCCCAUAGAGACAGAGCCAUUCGCGUAG